CGCCCCACUAAGGUGGAGUUUGUCGGUGGGACGUCGCCGAUCUCCGCGUAAAGUCGAGAUCAAACGCAAGUCGUGCGUCAAUGUUGAUUGAUCUUUGGAGAAGACGCGUCAAGCAAACGGGCGCUUGGUUGGUUGCGUUUUAAAGGCCGUCGAGUCCGUUUGACAUUUACAGUAAAGACGGGUUGUUUCAGGGCGACGAGGCGGCGUUACCUGCGAUGCAUAUUGCACCAAACACAUGGAUGUCUGGAUGAAGAAGCCCAGCGAUGUUGCCCACUUCAGUCUACUCCGCACCAAAUAGUCACUUCAGUCGUCUGAGCCAAUACCUGAGCAGCUGCCGCAACACGCCUGAGGAGGACGAUGAGACCAUGAGCAAAGAGCAGCAGGACGACCGCCGCGAGCCGGACCGCCCCUCCGAACACGGCCACCUCGGCCCUCCUGCCGGCGACGCCCGGCUCAGCCCGCAGAUGCCGCAGCGGCAGCGGGGGCACGGACGCAGGCGCGAGCCGGGCCUGAGCUCCGCCUCCUACCGCCCUCAGCACAGCCUCCUGGCCGCGUGCGCUCCGCCCACGCCCUUCCCCAGCCAGGCGGAGGGGCCCUGGCUGCACCCCAGCUUCGCCAGCAGCUGGUCGGGGUAUCCCAGCAGCCUGCCCUCCUACCUGAGCGAGAAGGAGUGCUCCAGGUGCUUCGAGGAGAGCGGCGCGUCCGGAGACAAGUUCUGGUCGCUGCCGGGCAGACGCAGCGACAGCAGCAGCAGCGGCGGCGGCGGCCUGGAGCAGCCGCUGUCCCUGCGCUCCAACCCGCCGUCGGCCAACCUGUGCCGCCACACGCUGUCCCCGUACUCGUGCCCGCCUCCGGGCGCGCCCUGCUGGGCCCAGUGCCCCGCGGACACCUUCAGCCGGGGACACGUGGCCGACGGGCGACCCUGGGCGCAGCAGCGCCCGUCGUUCAACCCAAACUGUGGGUGUGCGCUCCCUGAAGCUGGAUACACACAAACAGGCUACAAUGUUCCAGUGAAAGAGAAGCAGCCUCCUUACAGCACGCCGCUGUCUCUGGAGCAGAGGAAGGUGUUCGUCACAUAUGAGGCUGACAGCGACAAGCAUGUCAAUGAGAUCAUUAAAUUUGUUGCUCUGCUGCGACAUAACGGCUUUGAUACACACAUUGACAUCUUUGAGCAGCAGUUCAGGAGUAUAAGCAAGAUAGACUUCAUGGAGCGGUAUCUCAGCGAGAAGGAGUAUUUGAUCAUCAUCAUCAUCAGUCCUAAGUACUACGAGACGGUCACGGCCUCCCCUGUCGGCUUUGAGAAUGACGAGAGGACGUUUAACACCGUCUACAUACACAAACAGCUUCAGAAUGAGUUCAUCCAGAACGGAAGCAAGAAUUUUAGGUUCAUUCCUAUUUUGUUCCCCGGGGCUAAAAGGAGUCACGUCCCGACGUGGCUCCAGAACACGCACGUGUUCACGUGGCCGCGCGACCGGGACGACAUCCUUCGGCGGCUGAUGAGGGUGGAGAAGUACAACCCCCCUCCCAUCGGGGAGCUGCCAACCAUCGUUUCCAUUCCCAUAUAGGACCUCUGGGCUGGGCUGAAAUCCAGAACCCGCUCUCUGGGGAACUACUGGCCACUGCUGAGGCGAAGGUGUCGUCAUUCUGAGGGCGACGUGUGAACUCCUCUGUUGGCACACGUUGUCUUUCCUCUAAUGCACGACGUGCGUCACGCUGACACACUUCACCUCCAUCCUCCUGUUCCUCCCGCUGCAGCACCUGGCCCUACACCGCGCCGCGGCUUGACAAGUAAAAGGUUUUAGUUUAACAUUCACAGAUGUAAACAUUGGCACAUGCUGUGAGUUAGUGUUACAUUUUUUUUAUGGCAUUUCUUUCAUUAGACGUUUAGAUUUGUUUCCAGAUUAUGAGGAUUUGGGUUUUGUACCAUUUUAUCAUGUGUCCACAUAUAGUAUUAAAUUAUAAUAUUUAUUUCCUUUGCUCAAUUAACAUUUUGUUUUAUGCAAAAUGUUUUUUUUUUACUGGCAAACGCAGGUGGUGCAUCACAAAAGUAGCGAUUUGUUUUAACCAACAAGACCUAGUUUGAAUUUCUUUCCAGUUUACUCCUAUUACUACUGACGUUGUAAAUCUCUAAAUUGUUGAGCAGACAGUUGUUACAAAAAUACUUUAUGCUGCACUGGGAUUUUUGUGGAUUCAUGUCAAAAUAAAUGUGAUUGUAAAAUAAAUCACCAGCCUCUA